AUGCAGUGUGGGAACAUCACUGAGUUUAAUGUGCAGAUCAUGAAGCAGGUCUGGAUUCCAGUUGCUGAAGGAGUCUUCAAGGACUUGGUCAAGAAAACGGGUCUGGAUUCCAAGUUCAAGAUUGACUCUGCUGGCACCAUUAAUUACCAUGAGGGAAAUCAAGCGGACCCAAGAAUGAAGGCAGCAACUAAAAGGCAUGGGAUUGAGAUAACAUCUUUGUCCAGGCCAAUCAAGGUGCCUGAUUUUCAAGAUUUCGAUGUUAUUCUUGAAAUGGACAAGCAAAACCGAGCUGAUAUUUUGGAGGCAUUUAAUCGAUGGAAAUUUAGAGAACCACUGUUAGUAUCAAAAGUGUUGGCAUUCCACUUAAACACAAAAACUCUACCCAAGGUCAUGUGCAGCCCAAGAUAA